GCGGAGCUCAAGUUGCACUGGUUACACCAAGUAGUGUCAACACCCUUUAAAAUGAGCUAAAACCGUGCCUUCUGUAAGUUGCAGCGAAGGGAAAGACAACGUCUGGAGGAAACAUCAACACUUGUGGUUGAAACUGCAAUUUUGCUGGUUGGCCUGACUUCUUUUUUUUUUUUUUUUUUAACCAUUUUCUCCAUUUUCAUGUCUCCUGAAAUAUCGCACUUCUUUCUUUUCAGUUAAAAAGAAAAAAAAAAAAAAAAAGCAUAGCAAAUUUGAAAUUGAAAGAGAACAUGGCAGAUACCAGAGACACCGGUCUGGCUACAACCUGCUUGGAGAGGUGUAAGAAUUAUGUGAAGACCAGAAAGGGAACUAUUCUGGCUGCUGAAAUUUUGAUAAGCCUGGUGAUCCUUAUCUGCUACGCGGCAUCACUUUAUGGCGGCUAUUCAGCGGUGGCCAUCUGUGAGAUGGUGCUGGCCAUCUUUAUCUUCGUCAUCUUCAUGAUGGAAAUGGACAAGCAGUUCCAAGCUGUCAACUGGCCGUGGGCAGACUUCUUCCGGGCAGCGAUUGGUGCAGCGCUCUACCUCAUCACCUCCAUCAUCUGCGUAGCAGGUGGUGCUGGGGACGGUGCCCGGAUUGCAGGCGGGGUGUUUGGCAUACUGGCAGGGAUCUUGUUUUCUUACGACGCCUACCUCACCUUUAUGGCUAUUAAACACCCUGAAGGUAACUGAAAUAAACGGUAAAGGAGGGAAAGAGACAGGGAAGGACAAAGAGGGACGAGCAGCAGGCCGACAGCUGGAGGACACGAGGAGCUCACGAGGACACGUGGCACUAAUGACAGCUCACACCUAGGAUGACAAACAUCAUGACUGAAUAUCAUCAUAUGCCAAAAAAAAAACCUCCUCUAAUGUAUUAUGGAAAAAUAGACUCUUCACCCAGCUCCCUCAUUACUUCACUUUACUGCGCUACUGGGUAUCUGUACCCUGUCAUUGUACCCCAUAACUGUGCUAUGUCUCACAUGUAAUGUAAAGAAAGUACAGUACUGUACUGUGUUGUUAAAGCAGUAAGCAUACUUUGCAGUGACUUCUUGCUGUUCUUUUUCAUCAUCCAUGGGUAAUCCUGACAUAUACUUGUCAUGUGGAAUAUAUUUCAGAAGUUUUUGUUGAUGAACUUUUCAGUGGAAUUAUUUAUGUGCAGUAAUCUCCAGGAAUCAAUACAGUAACCGAAUGCCUCAUUCAGGUAUUUCCAUUAACCCCGGUAAAAUAUCACUUAAGAGAAAAUAAAACUAAUGAGUUAAUCGAUAUUCCAGUUUAUCAAACCAGCAAUUAAUAUUGUACUAUUUGGUGGAACCGGGUGCUUUAACUAUUAUCUUUGCAGACAUGUAACAUUUUUUAUAUUUUACAAGGGAAAGGACAAAUACUAAUAUAAUAAGUGUGACUGAUUUGUAGGUUUAUAAUGUUGGCAAUAUGUGAUUAACGGAAAUGUGUGUGUA